AGGGGGAGUAAACAGAAAGAUAAUGCUUAUGGUACAUACCAAACAAAUGGAGAGACUGACUCUCAUGGAUUCUGCGCUUGAGCCACCAGCAAAGAGUCCUAUCAAUGAUUUAGUUCCCUAGAGAAAAUCAGAAAAUAAAAGUGCUCCUUUUUUCCAAAUCCACUAAUAGUGAGAAGAAAAGAAGAGAAAUAUGUUACAAGCUUUAACUGGACUUCAAUUUCAGCUGAAAGAACAAUUAGGAGAAAAGGAGAGAAGAUUUCAUAUCAGCCAGGAAAUCAGUGCCCAGAGAACAGAGUUCCACAUGCAGUUUUCAUACAAACCAAUGUUGCAUAGACUUGUCCCAGCAAGACCACAAAUUUAUUCAAGUCAAUUACCAUUCUUUACCAAGGUCCCAGCACACCUGGAAAGUUCUUCCAGGCCUCAGCUACAGAAAGCCCAGAGACAGCAAGUAAAUUCUUUCAUGAUCCUUGAUCAUCAGAUCAUCAAUCCAACUCUUAAAUGGUCACAACCUACAGUGCCAAGUGGUGGGCCUCUUGUGCAGCAUGCACACACAACUCUGGACAGUGACACUGGCCUCUCAGAAAACCCGCUCACCAAGUUACUAACUCUUGGAAAAGAAGAUGACAAUGCACAAUGGCAUAUGGAGGACGUUAUUGAGGAUAUAAUCGGUAUGGAAUCAAGUUUUAAAGAGGAAGGAGCAGACUCUCCUCUGCUAAUGCAAAGAACAUUAUCUGGAAGUAUUUUGGAUGUGUAUAGUGAUGAACAAGGAAUUUCACCAAUUAACAUGGGGCUUACAAGUGCUUCUUGUCCAAGUAGUCUACCAAUGAAAAGAGAAAUUGCAGAAACUGACACUAGAGCUUUAGCAAAAGAGAGACAAAAAAAGGACAACCACAACCUCAUUGAAAGAAGAAGAAGGUAUAAUAUUAAUUACCGAAUCAAGGAGCUUGGCACUCUUAUUCCAAAGUCUAAUGAUCCUGAUAUGCGCUGGAACAAAGGAACCAUUCUAAAAGCAUCAGUGGAGUACAUCAAGUGGCUACAAAAAGAACAACAGAGAGCCCGAGAAUUAGAACACAGACAGAAGAAAUUAGAACAGGCUAACAGGCGACUUCUACUUCGGAUUCAGGAACUAGAAAUUCAGGCUCGUACUCAUGGUCUGCCAACCCUGGCUUCACUUGGCACGGUUGAUUUAGGUGCUCAUGUCACCAAACAGCAGAGCCAUCCUGAACAGAAUUCAGUAGACUAUUGCCAACAACUGACUGUGUCUCAGGGGCCAGCCCCUGAGCUCUGUGAUCAAGCUAUAGCCUUUUCUGAUCCUUUGUCGUACUUCACAGAUUUAUCAUUUAGUGCCGCAUUGAAAGAGGAACAAAGAUUGGAUGGCAUGCUAUUGGAUGACACAAUCUCUCCAUUUGGAACAGAUCCUCUGCUAUCUGCCACUUCCCCUGCAGUUUCCAAAGAGAGCAGUAGGAGAAGUAGCUUUAGCUCAGAUGAUGGUGAUGAAUUAUAAGAAAUAAACAGACCCAAUUCAUCAACUGGAAAGCAGUUCUAUGCUGGUGCUACGCAAUUAUGCUCUGUGUUUCAUAUGUUGCUUUGGCUUAUUUUUUUCCUAAAGGAAUGUGGUGUUCAUGAAAAACUGAUAGAAGCAACAGAAGAAUUCGCAGGAAGAAAAAUCAUGGUGUUAAUGAAUUAUUGAGGGUGGAAAAAAGGUGUUUUCUUCUUUGACUACAGAGUCCAAAUCCACUUAAAUUCUGUUUUACUGGAAAGAGGUACAGCAUAAGAAAUAGCUCUUUACUGAUGCUUUAAAAGCAGCAACUUGGUGGUGUACUACUGGAACUAAUGACUGCAAAGUGUAAAAUGACUGAAAUAUACAAACAGUCUCUUAGUUAUUCAUUUCCAUCUUCUCUUCAACUUUUACAUCCGUCUUCAAGAAUCAAGAUCAGCAUAUCAGGUGGUCAUUGCCUUUCUCCAUUGUCUAGUAGAUAUGUCUAAAGUUCAAACUUUAUAGGAGAAAUAAUGAUAUAAUAGAUUAUCUGUCACUUGUGGUUGAAAAGCAAAUCUACAAUAAAUGUGAGAAUUUUCCACAAUAAAAUAUGGAUGACUUAUAAAAACA